UGCCCGCGCGCGGGCAGCUCACUUCCGCCCGGCAGGUGACAGCCGCGGGGCUCGGAGCAGCCGGCGGCACGGACGCACCGGCAGGGUGGGAGGAGGAGCAGGAGGCCGCGGACAUUUUGCUGCCGAGCCGAACCGAGCCGUGGCUCCAGGAGCCGUUCGGACUUGCCGAGUCUGGCCGCAGAUAAGGGACCAACAUGACUGACUCAAAGUAUUUCACCACGACCAAGAAAGGGGAGAUCUUCGAGCUGAAGGCGGAGCUCAACAGUGACAAGAAGGAGAAGAAGAAGGAGGCGGUGAAGAAAGUGAUCGCGUCCAUGACCGUGGGCAAGGACGUCAGUGCUCUCUUCCCCGACGUGGUGAACUGCAUGCAGACGGACAACCUGGAGUUGAAGAAGCUGGUGUACCUGUACUUGAUGAACUACGCCAAGAGUCAGCCAGACAUGGCCAUCAUGGCCGUCAACACCUUUGUGAAGGACUGUGAGGACCCCAACCCCCUCAUCCGUGCCCUGGCCGUGCGGACCAUGGGCUGCAUCCGCGUCGACAAGAUCACGGAGUAUCUGUGUGAGCCUCUCCGCAAGUGCCUGAAGGACGAAGAUCCCUAUGUGCGCAAAACAGCGGCCGUGUGCGUGGCCAAGCUCCACGACAUCAACGCCCAGCUGGUGGAGGACCAGGGCUUCUUGGACACCCUUAAAGACCUCAUCUCUGACUCUAACCCCAUGGUGGUGGCCAAUGCCGUGGCUGCCCUCUCAGAGAUCGCUGAGUCCCACCCCAGCAGCGACCUGCUCGACCUGAACCCGCAGUCCAUUAACAAGCUGCUGACAGCCCUGAACGAGUGCACCGAGUGGGGCCAGAUCUUCAUCCUGGACUGCCUGGCCAACUAUACGCCCAAGGACGACCGCGAGGCCCAGAGCAUCUGUGAGCGGGUCACACCCAGGCUCUCCCACGCCAACUCUGCUGUGGUGCUGUCCGCUGUGAAGGUGUUGAUGAAAUUCAUGGAGAUGCUGUCCAAGGACCUGGACUACUACGGCACACUGCUCAAGAAGCUGGCCCCGCCCCUGGUCACGCUGCUCUCAGCCGAGCCCGAGCUGCAGUACGUGGCCCUGCGCAACAUCAACCUUAUUGUGCAGAAAAGGCCUGAGAUCCUGAAGCACGAGAUGAAGGUCUUCUUCGUCAAGUACAACGACCCCAUCUACGUGAAGCUGGAGAAGCUGGACAUCAUGAUCCGCUUGGCCUCCCAGGCCAACAUAGCCCAGGUGUUGGCAGAGCUGAAAGAAUAUGCGACAGAAGUGGAUGUGGACUUUGUACGGAAGGCUGUGCGUGCCAUCGGCCGCUGCGCCAUCAAGGUGGAGCAAUCCGCGGAACGUUGUGUGAGCACACUGCUCGACCUCAUCCAGACCAAGGUCAACUACGUGGUCCAGGAAGCCAUCGUGGUCAUUAAGGACAUCUUCCGCAAGUACCCUAACAAAUACGAGAGCGUGAUCGCCACGCUGUGCGAGAACCUGGACUCCCUGGAUGAGCCUGAGGCCCGUGCUGCCAUGAUCUGGAUCGUGGGCGAGUACGCCGAGCGGAUUGACAACGCGGAUGAGCUGCUGGAGAGCUUCCUCGAGGGCUUCCAUGACGAGAGCACCCAGGUGCAGCUGCAGCUGCUGACAGCCAUCGUGAAGCUGUUUCUGAAGAAGCCAACAGAGACGCAGGAGCUCGUGCAGCAGGUCCUCAGCUUGGCCACCCAGGAUUCGGACAACCCAGAUCUGCGGGACCGGGGCUACAUCUACUGGCGCCUGCUUUCCACGGACCCCGUGGCCGCCAAGGAGGUUGUGUUGGCCGAGAAGCCGCUCAUCUCGGAAGAGACAGACCUCAUCGAGCCCACGCUGCUGGACGAACUCAUCUGCUACAUCGGCACGCUGGCCUCCGUCUACCACAAGCCGCCCAGUGCCUUCGUGGAGGGGGGCCGGGGCGUGGUGCACAAGAGCCUGCCGCCCCGCACCGCCUCGAGUGAGAGUACUGAAAGCCCCGAGACAGCCCCUGCCGGAGCACCCCCUGGUGAGCAGCCAGAUGUCAUCCCCACGCAGGGCGACCUGCUAGGUGACCUCCUCAACCUGGACCUCGGCCCCCCGGUGAGCGGCCCACCCCUGGCCACCUCCUCAGUGCAGAUGGGAGCCGUGGAUCUUCUUGGCGGUGGCCUCGACAGCCUGAUGGGGGAUGAGCCUGAAGGGAUUGGGGGCACCAACUUUGCAGCACCCCCCACCGCAGCAGCACCAGCCAGUCUCGGAGCUCCCAUUGGCAGUGGCCUGAGUGAUCUCUUUGACCUGACCAGUGGCGUGGGCAGCCUCUCAGGAUCCUACGUGGCCCCCAAAGCAGUCUGGCUCCCGGCCAUGAAGGCUAAGGGGCUGGAGAUCUCGGGCACCUUCACACGCCAGGUGGGCGCCAUCUCCAUGGACCUGCAGCUCACCAACAAGGCCCUACAGGUCAUGACCGACUUUGCAAUCCAGUUCAACCGCAACAGCUUUGGCCUGGCCCCCGCCGCCCCCCUCCAGGUCCACGCACCACUGAGCCCCAACCAGACUGUGGAGAUCUCGCUGCCUCUUAACACGGUGGGCUCGGUCAUGAAGAUGGAGCCCCUGAACAACCUCCAGGUGGCCGUGAAGAACAACAUAGACGUCUUCUACUUCAGCACCUUGUACCCUCUGCACAUCCUCUUUGUGGAGGACGGGAAGAUGGACCGGCAGAUGUUCCUGGCCACGUGGAAAGAUAUCCCCAAUGAGAACGAAGCCCAGUUCCAGAUCAGAGACUGCCCCCUCAAUGCGGAGGCCGUGAGCAGCAGGCUGCAGAGCAGCAACGUCUUCACCAUCGCCAAGCGGAACGUGGAGGCCCAGGACAUGCUCUACCAGUCCCUGAGGCUGACCAAUGGCAUCUGGGUGCUGGCCGAGCUGCGCAUACAGCCCGGCAACCCCAACCUCACGCUGUCCCUGAAGUGUCGAGCGCCAGAGGUGUCCCAGCACGUGUACCAGGCCUAUGAGACCAUCCUCAAGAACUGAGGCCCGGGCAGCGCCCGCCCAACCUCCUCCCAGCUCCACGGAGGAGUCCCUGGGGGUGGCAGCUCCUCCUCGUCCUCCUCCCGAAGGAGGGGCCAGGCGGAGCUCUUGGCCACCCAGGGGGCUCCUUGGCCUUGCCUGCAGUGCUCACCAAGGGUCCUUGGAACAGGGUAGUGCCCCCCCCCCAAGGUGAAAUGUCAGUGCACUCCUGUGCGCCCGACGCCCCUCGUGUGGCUGCUGACCUUUGGGGUCAGGUGAGGCAGGGACCAAAGGACACAGAGCUGGAGCCGAAGGGUGAGCACAGGGUCCUAUCCUUGGGCUCCUGGCCCACAGCCCUGUCCAGUCUCCCCAGGGGUGAUGUGAGAGGCCCCUCCACUGCCGCCUGGUGGGAGUGAGCCCUGCCGGCCUUUCCUGGGAGUUGGGAUGGUCCCAUGGGUCCCAGGAGAGCCGCACUGUCAGGUUCCGGGGGCCAGAGGUGCUGACAGGCAGAGCUGAGCCAGGGAGCCUGGGGCCCACAACACUCCCCCACACGCCCUCCCUGCUGGUGCCUGGCAGGUGUGUCAGACCCCAGCCCCUACCCGUCAAGACCAGGCAGGAGGCCCCAGAGCCCCACCCCAGGCUUCUGACCCCCUGCGCCCGAUGCCCCACUCCAGCCUGCCCGGGUCACUGCCUAUCAUAUGUCCCUUAGUGUCCCCUCAGCAGGCCCAGGACACCUGGAACAGAGAGGACCGGGGUGGAGGCAAGCCGGUGGCAGUGUCUCCCGGUUGGGGCUUGGGGUCCUCUUCAGUGGCCGCUGCCCCCUUCCCGCCUCCACUGUGUGUGACAGCAUCGGUUCUCCUUCUGCGGUUCAAUAAUAAAGAGCCAUUCAGCCUUUGACAA